UGUCUAUAAAAGGCUCCAGUUUCUCUGAGCUUUCGCUGGUCUGAGUAAGGAGGUCUCUGAAAAAACACUUGCUGAAGAAAACAACAUACAAACAUGAAGCUCACCAUCCUUCUGCUUACUGUGGUGCUGUGCAGCCUGCAAGUGGAGGCGGAACAAGUGAAAUUUGGUCCGCUCUGCAGUGGAAAUCCUAGAAACACCAAGAGAGGCUGUGAUCCAAAAUGGGGUUGUGGAAAGUACGGAGCAAGCCGGAAAAGAAAGGACGGAACUACUUAUAAACACAUGGGUUUGGAUAUCGUGUGUGCUGACGGUGCCACGGUCUAUGCUCCAUUUGAUGUGACACUCAAGGGAAAAGCGGUCCCAUACAAAACAAACAACCCUAUCAAUGAUGGAGUCACUCUCAAUGGGGGAGGUUUGUGCUUUAAGCUGUUCUACAUGCACCCGGAUAAAUACAGUGGGACGGUGAAGAAGGGUCAGAAGCUGGGCAAACUCCUGCUUAUGCAGAAGGUCUAUCCUGGAAUCACCUCACACAUUCACGUCCAAAUGUGUAACCCAAAAAUCGACCCCACCCAAUACUUCUAAACCAUACAAACAGCACCUUCAGAAGAAGUCCUUAUCAAGCCACAUUUACAAAUGCUAAAGUGAAAGUGUGGUGAAACAUCUGUAUUACACAAUACAUUUUCUGUGUCCAGCA